UAAAUCGUCUGCCAUUCGUAGGGUCAUAACUAAAUGGGAGAUAGAGACAGAUAUAUCUUUAUUCGACUGCCGAUGCGCUUUGCCUAACAACGGUGAACACGAACCGAGGGGAUGGGAGACGAUUGUUAAGCAGUAUCACGAACAUGGGUUUGAAAGGAAUAUGUACAGUUCGAUAAUAUAUGGCAAUACGGCCAACUUUAAGAGUGAAAAAAAUUUGUUGGAUGACAUUAGUGAAAACAGGAAGGAGCAGUGGCAAGUCAAGAAGUCACCUACAUGUAUAUGAAUUUCGACACAUUAUUGGUGGAUUGUUAGAUUAGUAGUUUGAUAUCCUACUGUAGGAUUUGUACAUGUUGUAACAUGUGAUUUACACUUUAAUAAAGUGUUAUAGAUAACACAAAAAUUAUAGGCAAAGUUUUUAUCAAAAUCGACAGUUGAAUGGUUGAUAAAACAAAAUAAGUGUAGAGGUCAAUAUCUCAAGUUUAAAAGACCUCUUUGUUUUAUUAAGCCAAAUAGACGCGUCAAGUAGUGACAGUGUGCGUGAAGACGUUACAAUACAACAUGAUAUUUUAUUGAUACACUUUAACUAACUAGCUGUGAUACAUUUAAUUUAUGAUACCAGUGGAAUUGAAUUGAAAGUAUUUGAGUGGUCUCUAGUCAUUGUUAUAGUUUUACCAUAAGGCGACAUCAUAAUUGAACUGGAUAUUUUCUUCGUUCAUACAUAUCUAUAGUCACGCUUUACAAGGACGUAAUAAGUGCAGUCUAAAAUAAAAACAGUUCAGAUUUUUUUUGAAAGAGUUUGUGAAAGGAGGAAGCAAAAUGAUAUCGUAUUCAUCAAUGAGCUUCACCUGUAAUGGGAAGUUUUUAUUUGUUGUGUUCAUCGUAAGUGAUGUUGGCAUUCUUCAUUUCCAUGGAUACGCAUCUGUACUUUACAGUACAAGAAAUGUCGCUUGUUAAACAAGAUCCUGCAGUUCCUGGAUUUUUCUCACCGUUCAAACCAUUAAGCAUGAAACUACUGAUGACGGACCCUGUGAAUCAUUAUAUAAUCGGCCCAACGGCAGAAUAUUUCGACGAAAUUACGCACUUCAGUAAAGUUUUCUAUUUCGUAACCCCAAACAUGAUCAGUAUUACACAUGUCAUGGUCAGUAUGGUAUCAGCGAAAAUGGUAUCAUCGGAACAUUUGAGUAAUCGGAGAAUAGCAGUUCUUUUAUACGAGUUCCGUUCUUGGCUAGAUGAUUUCGACGGGGUCAUAUACAGGAGUCAUAGCCACACGCAAGGAAUGUAUGUUUCAAAUCACAAUACAUUCGGUUAUUUUGUAGACAUAUACAGUGAUAUAUUAGGUGGCAUAUUUUUAAUGGUUGGUAUAAUGUUCUAUCUCUGGAAAGUGUUAAUACCUGCAAAUGGAAACUACUCGUCCUUACCGUUAACAAAGUCAGACAGUGGAUCUACAAGCCCUGUGCCAAAUAAUUCACCAAAUAAAAAAUUUAAUUUCAAUAUUUUGAAUAUUUUAACGGGCCAUGAGCGACAUGGUGGUGUUGCGUUGACUAAAAAGUACGUCUUUUUAAGAUGUUUAAGUGUAGGAUUAAUGAUAGCAGUGGCAGGUGGUUCCUGGGAUAAAUGCGUGGAACGAUAUACCGAGGUAUUCCAAACAGAUCUUUCGGACCCAAAUCUUACACAAAUUCAGACAGAGGCAUUUCACUCUGGAAGUACUUGGUUUAUUAUAUACAUAUGGAGGAUAUGGGAGGGACAGACCUGGCUUCACAUGGUGCUGUUGGCGGUCUUUGUGGACAGGAUCUGGGAAUUCCUGAAUUUUUUCAUGUACCUUGGCUAUGUUAUCAUUGGAACCAUCAACAUUUUAAGUUAUAUACAUUUAUAUCAGGUAAGAAGUGAAUUACAAAUGUAAAAGUAGGCGUAGAAUUUUGUGAACAAGCUGAUUAAAUCAACCUACGUUACAAGGAAUAUGCAGAACAGUUUCCUUAUAUAUCUGAUAUAUUUUAACAGGAACAAUAAAUUCAGAAACAUCAUCAAAGACAGCACAAUUUACCUUCAGAGUGACAUUAACUAUUUAGCAGAACAUUUGCAAUGGGAAAUCACGCAUAAUCUUGAGAGUGUCCCUUACAAAGACUCCAUAGGUAACAAAAGAAGUCUUGAGAAAGCCCCGUUGAAUGAUAAGAAAAGUUGAUAUUUACGUAGCAAGAUU